UUUUAAAUAAUGCUCUUAUAAACAUAGAAUGUUGCUAGAACAGGAUUUGUGUUAGCAUGCAUUUUCUGAUGGAAAUGAAAUCUGAUACUCAAACGUGUGUCAUUAUUUACUGAUUUUAAUCCGCAGUGAUUUUGCCAGAAAACCACAAAUGUUAUGGGGGACAAACAAUAAGGAAAAGGUGGUAACCCUAUAUCAGUAUAAAGCUGACAUUUUUGUCUACUUUCUGUUUUGUGACUGUCAGUAUCCUCGAAUUGCUAGUUGUCACGCCACUCAGUUCUGCAAUCAGUUUGCCUUUCACAUUUAUUAGUGAGGCGCGUUCCCGGAUUCUUCCCGUUUCAUUUCCCGGGUGCGCGCAUGAACGGAGAAUGCACGCUAGAGAGAACUUGAGCUCGAGUAAGUUUGCCCUCCCAAAAGCAAUUUUGCGGGACCUCUGGAGGACUGAAGAAGUUAGAAUGGCAGUAGAGCCCAUCCAGGUGUGCAAAAAUGUCCUUUAAGAACCGUACGUGAUACAGAAUGAUUGGACUGGGAAAAGUUUGCCAAUACAGAUUUUUUUAACUUCUGAACUAGAAACAAGGAGGGGAAAUCUACAUGCAGUUAAUGCCAACAAGUCAGAAACCUGCACCUUUUUACCUUCAAAAGGCUUCUUCAUAAUGCCUGUGUGUAACUGAAUGGGAACUCUACCUGUCAGCAGCAGCACCCAGUUACUAACUGUCUUCAUCUCCCUUUUGAGAUUGUUGGAAAUCUACACUAUCGUAAUGUAAUAAAGACAGAAUCUGAAAGACUUUCAGAAAGAAAUGUGUUCAAGUGCAUUGUCCAUCAAUGUUGACCAGCACUUCCAGGAACCUCAAAGGGACUGCAAAAUGUACAGGCAGAACUUCUUGGCCUACUGCAGAAAACAGUAGAAGGCCAUCUACUAGCAUGGCCAGCAAACCAUGGGUCAGUACGCUGUUUCACAGUCGCAGGGCUCAACUUUUGCUGGUGAAUUCAUUGACCUUUGGUUUGGAAGUAUGCUUGGCAGCAGGAAUCACUUAUGUUCCACCACUUCUACUAGAGGCGGGUGUGGAAGAGAGAUUCAUGACCAUGGUGUUAGGUAUUGGAGCUGUUUUAGGGCUCAUCUUUGUACCUCUGAUUGGAUCACUCAGCGAUCGAUGGACAAGCAGUUUUGGGAGACGCCGGCCCUUUAUCUGGACUUUGUGCCUUGGGGUCCUCAUUGGACUUUUUAUAAUACCCCAUGCUGGUCGACUAUCUGCAGUUUUUUUUGAUGACCGCCAUUCCAUCAAAAUAGCCUUCCUCAUACUGGGCAUAUGUUUCCUGGACUUUUGUGGGCAGGUUUGCUUCACUCCACUGGAAGCUCUCCUCUCAGAUCUUUUUCAUGAUGCAGAAAACUGUAGGCAGGCUUUCGCCAUGUACUCAUUAAUGGUCAGCUUUGGAGGCUGUGUUGGCUACCUCCUUCCAGCAAUCAACUGGAAUAAAAGUUUCUUAUCUUCUUACCUGGGUGGACAAGAGGAGUGUCUCUUCACGCUCCUCAUCAUCAUUUUCCUGUGCUGUGUCCUUGCCACGGUUUUUGUCUCAGAACAGGUUGUCGUUCAGACUGAAGUUCUUCAAGACCCUGUAAUAAGGGAACAGUUAAGGCCCAGCUUGCGUAUGGGUUGUUACUCCUCAUUCUCAAACUUUCUUCUAUAUUUUAAACGAGUAUUUUGUUCCCCAAGGGAUUGUUGCACUUUAUUUACUAGACUGAAGAACAUCUUCUACCGCGUACCCAAAGUGAUACGGCAGUUGUUUGUGGCUGAGCUUUGUAGCUGGAUGGCUGUUAUGACACUUAUACUAUUCUACACAGACUUUAUUGGAGAAGGCUUAUAUCAAGGUGUACCCAGCUCUGAGCCUGGCUCUGAAGCUAGGCUGCGUUAUGAUGAAGGAAUUCGGAUGGGAAGCCUUGGCCUCUUCCUUCAGUCUGCCACUUCUAUCUUCUUUUCCACUGUCAUGGACCAUAUGGUGAAGCUGUUUGGAAGCAGAGCAGUUUACAUUGGCAGCAUUACACUCUUCACAUUAGCAGCUCUGAUUAUGUGCAUUUCCCACAGUGUGAUCGUGGUGACAAUUGCAGUUGCACUUACGGGCUUCACCUUUGCCAACCUACAGAUCCUUCCAUAUACACUGGCGUCACUUUAUCAUAAAGAAAAGCAGGUGUUUUUCUGUAAAUUCAAAGGAGCUGCAAAUGAAGAAAUUGCUCAGACUGAAAAGAAGCUGGCACUUCAGAAUGGGCAUCUCUUGAACCCAAAACAGCUUUACCAGAAUGGACAUGUGGGGAAGCAACCAUCUCCAUCAGGGAUGGCAUCAGUGCCUUCUUUCUGUAUCAGCACUCCUGAUGAGGCCUUGUUUACUACUGAAUGCAAAGAUUAUGACUCCUCGGUACCCAGUCGUGGAAUCUGCUUUGACCUUGCUAUCUUGGACAGUGCCUUCCUUCUUUCUCAGGUCGUACCAUCUCUGUUCAUGGGGAUGUUAGUCCAGUUUACACAGUCUGUAGUAGCCUACGUGGCAUCUGCAGCUAUAUUUGGCCUGGUGGCCAUUUACUUUUCAACCAAAAUAAUAUAUGAUAAAAGUGACAUGGAUAGAUACUUAGCAUGAAAUAAAGUUUAAAAUGAAGGGAAGUUUUAAUUUAAGUAAACGUGGGAAAUAAUGCCAUUUUUUAUUGUAGACAAGAGCAAGAUUGCUAACCCAAAGUUUUUUUUUUCAGUUUUGAGACAGUGGUCUGGCUGGAAUAACAUGCAAAUUAUUUUCAUAAAGAUAUAUUCUGUGUUCUUAUACUGCUGCUAUGUGGAGAAAUGGCGCCAUUUGCUUGAUGAUGACAUUAAAGUGGUAUUCAGAGACACCUUGUCUGAGGUCUCUCCUCAGAAUUUCUACAGACCUGAGUCUUCUGGGAUGCAUUAUAUCUCUGAUGUCAUUUGCACAGAAAGGAAGUUAUGCUCCAAAACUACUAUUCAGAUUUGUAUAAUCUCAUAAAAUCAUUUUAAGAAUUUAUUUGUAAACUGGGAGGAGCAGCUUGCAGACUGUUUUGCACUUCACACCAAUCACUUAUGAAAAAGCGCCACUCUUUGAAUUCUGAGUUUUCAUUUGUACUGCAUUUCUGCACAGAAUUUUUCUGCAGCACUGCAGUAAAAGAAUAUUUUAAGAAAUUGUCAAGCUUUUCUUCACAUAAUGGUUUUAUGUCAUGUACCCUUACAUUCUAGUCCACUCUCAGUCACUUUGUCUCCAAUAGUAUUAGCCUUUUGGUCAUUCUGUAAUCCUGGACCAGGACAGCUCAACCCGUCUAGAUCAUUAAGUUAUUUAUAGACAAAGUGAUUUGUUUCCGAUCAUUCUAGGUUGUUUUGUAAAAGAAGUGAAUGAUUUGCACUCUUCUUCUGCAUGUAAGGGAAUGUAUAGGCAGCUGUAUAUGCCAAGGCAUAAUUUGUAUGAAGGGGUGAGAGAAGAUUGGAAGUUUUAUGUGAUAAUGUAUUUUUUUAAUUAUGUUGCAUCUGUCCCUUUUUAAUCAGCAAUAAAGCAGGUGCAGUAUUACCAAAUGUGGUUAACUGUAACUUAAACAUAUUGAUUAGGGAGCCUUUCAUGAUUCAGAAAUUAGUUCUGAAGUAACACUUUUGUUAUUAUUCAAAUUAUGUCAAGAAAUGUCUACAAAAUUAAGUAUAUAAACUCAGAUCAGUAGCAUAUUACUGUCCCGCAGACCACGAUUCCACCUCAUUUUAAGUUUAGCUGCUGCAGAUAUGACUAUGAAUCAGGCAGGCCUACCAAAAUCCAGUUACAUUAACUACUGCAAGCAUGAUUGUGCCAAGGGAUUCCUGUCCAAACAAGCUAAGGACAAAUCUUAGGAAUGUAGAUAAUUCCAGAAGCUGCAGUUUUCUCUCGUUUUGUGAUAGCUCGAACUGGGUCACAUGGUACACCUUUAGCUAACUACUCUCCUUCGACUUUCCAUUAAGACAUUUGGGGAUCAGUAGCUCAGAAAAGUGCAACUUGAUUUUUUUUAUUUUUGAGGUUAGAAAAGUGUUCAUGUCAGUUACAGUACUUUGAUGUGCAAUGUACUUUCAAGUUAUGUAUUUGAAGGUAAACGUUUACUUUCCAAGACUUGUUUUCUGUUUAAUGUACAUUCAGUACAUUUAGGUCACAUUCUAUGUCAGCAUACAGAUAAACAAAUUGUUACUGUUUUCUUUUGCUGUUGUUGUUCACUUGUAAAAUGUUUCUUUUGGCUCGUUGUCUUGAGUAUAACAAUUAUACUAAGGUCUGUGGCCAUUUCUUCACUCUACUCAUUUGCAGCAUAUACCCUUUGUUUGAAAAACAGGAUGUUUUCUUUUCUCACUAGUUCCCAGGGAGUUGAUACAGAUGCAUUUAAUGUAAAACGUAUUGUUUUGGUAAUAAGUUGCACAGUGCUCUGUGAACAGAAAUUGCUUGAACACUCAUAAACAAGACUUUUUGUGUCUUUUGGCUUUUUCAAGUCUGCCACUAAUAAAGGACAAGGACAGAGCCUUUUGAUUUGUUUUUGUAAUAAAGUUUUUGCUUCACAGGG